CCCUGUUCAAAAGGUUUUUCUGCAUGCUAAAAGUCAAGAUUCAGCUCGUGAAAACAAUGUUUUAACUGUCCAUGUAUCAUAUCAAUAAAAUAUUUUUUUUAAAGUAGAAAAUUACUUUUUGCGAAAAAUUUAACCUAUCUACGUGUUGUUUAGCACAGUGAAUUUAUACAGCUGUUGUAAUCAUUAAGAUCUACCUACUUCUUUAUUAGAAGCUAAUUAAAAGUUUAAAAUAUAGAAUAUGUAUAUUAAUUAUAAAUAAAGUCAUCCAAGAUAUAUUCUCAAUGUCAUUCAAAAACAAAUAAAUAUAUAUAUAUUCAAUAAUAGAAAAAAUAUGAGUGAGUAUGUUAUUGAUGACGGUUGGAAUAUUAUUUUACCUAAUGAUUCUCCAGAGGAAGAAUCCGAAUUGAGUGAUGGGCGUGAGUCCGUAAGAAAGGUAGGUAGAAAAAGAAUUAAAUCAUUAUUUCAACCCGCCGAAGCUCCAUCCGCUGUAGAUAAAGAACCCGAAGAACCUAAACCUGCAGCCGAUCUUGGAAAAGAAACUUGGAGGAUCAGCUUUUUCAAGAGAGCUUUCCCUGUCAAAAAAUAUGAUGCCGGUUUUCCGGACGCUGCAAAAAAGGUUUACAUGGACAAAAGAAGGCCGCUUUGGUUACCACAACAAGACGAUGAUGAAGAUUACUUUAAUCAAGCUUCGUAUUUUUCCGAAAUUUUAGCAAGAGAUCAAAUUAAACGGCAGGCUGUUCUUGAAAAGAUGUACAAGCCGGACAAUGGAGAAUACGCUUAUUCCAGAUCGGACCUCGUUGGAAAAACGUAUAUUUCCAAGUACAUGAAAGGUGUUCACUGCUGCAAGUUCUCUCCUAACGGUGAAUACCUUUUGAUCGGGACCGGAAAUGGCACUAUUCAGAUUUGCCACAUGGACACUAAAUCAACUAGUGUUCACUGCUUAAGAGGAUACAACAGAAAAGUCACAUCUAUAAACUUUUUACCUUCCAAAGACAAGGAGCAUAAAACAUUCUUUGUAUCAAGUAUCACUGGACGUGUCUACAUGGGAAAAUUUGAGGAAGAUCAAUGGAAAUUAUAUGCGUUCCUAAAAGAGAUCAAUAAUGAAAUCAAUGCAAUGGACAUAAAUAAAACUGGAGACUACAUGGCUACAGCUGGCCGUGAUUCACAUAUCAGAAUAUAUGAUCCUAAUCGAAGGAAGUUAAUCCAAAUGUUUUUGAAACCUGGGACUGCAUCUGAAGAAGAUGUUCUGAAAGAACCAAUGUCGGAUGAUGGCCAUUUUAGAAGAAUAUGUGCUCUAAAAUUUAAUCCUGAUGAUGAAAAUGUGUUCAUUACCGGAGGAUGGGAUGAUAUUUUAAAGGUUUGGGAUUUGAGAACAGUGAAUCCUGUUCAAAGUAUAGCAGGACCGCAUUUGACAGGCAAUGCAAUCGAUAUAUGGGGGAGAGUUCUACUUACAGGACAGUGGACUUGUAAUGAAAGUAUUCAGUUAUGGGAUAUGAGGACAUCAAAGUGUUUAACAACACUCAAACCAAUGAAUCGCCCCCUUCGUUAUGCUGGAGAAUUUAUUAAUAGUGUGCAGUUCAUACGUUUCUGGAGCGAAAAUGCUCAAAUUGCCAUUCCUGGUUCUGUAGGAGAUCUAAUUUUAGCUGGAGGAUCAGGGACUAAAGCACUUGAAGUAAUAAGUGUCAAAGAGAAUAUGGUAUUACAUAGUACAGAAGAAACAGCUGCUGUUUCAGCAAUAGAUCAUUUUAGAACUUUAAUUUGUUAUGGAACUGUUGAUCAACUGUACGGUAUGGUGAGUUUCUUUCCCUUUGUUGGAAAGUUAUCCAAAGAAAUGAAAUUCAAAGAUAAAAAAACUGAGGAUAAGAUGUUGAAACAUUUUUCGGAGUAUGGAAAUCCAAUGGGAUGGCAUGAAGUUGCAUUUGAUAUAGAUUUUAUGGAAGCCUUCAAUGAUGAAAACAAGGAAAAUGACUGUAAAUUAUCACCUGAGGAUGAAGAGGAGAAAAAAAGAAAGGAGGAGGAAAAAGAAAAUCUUGUGACAUAUGUAAUAGAAGAGCCUCAAGAAUAAUUGUUUAUUUUUCAAUACUAGUAUACAAAAAAUAUGCUACAUAUAGAGAAUAUCCUAUAGCUUAUUUAUUUUAACUGUUUGUUACCCUAGUACAGUAUAGCCACAAAGAGGCUAUAGUAGAGCUGUGGUUAUGUUAACCAUUUGUAGGUAUAUAACAAUCUUUUUAGUGAUUGGCUCAAUCGAUUUUCAAGUUGAUGUCUCAAAUUAAUCGGUGAAGUUCUGUGAGUAUUUAAAAAAAAGGUUCUAAUUGUUCACAUUAUACCUAUCCUGCUACUACUGAUAUUUUAUUUUUCUGAAGCUGACCACAUAUUUUGUUUUAUCCAUAUUUAUUUUGAGCCCCAGUUCUGUACUGGCUUUUAUCAAUAUUUUUGUAUUUAGUUUGGGUUAGCCAAGUGGAUAAAAGCGUGUGCAAAAAUGCACUCGUCUACAAACUUGAAUGGUAUAAGUUCGAAUCCAGUUUCUGAGAUUCCAUUGGCAAUAAUUAAAAAAAAUAAAAAAUAAAUAAGGAAAUAUUUAAAUAAAUCUGGAGGCCUCCAUACCAGCCUCUGGCAUGUGAGGCCGAUUACUGGAGGCAACUCACAUCGAUUGGUCGUAGCAGUGAUGACCCUACUC